UCAUUUCCGCGACUCCACUCAGCAACCACAAGUCAGCUGCUGAACCAGAAUCUUAUAUUGACUUGUCGCGUACUCAUAAGUAUAGAACUCCUGAAGGAAUAGCGUUUAAUCCCACUAGUCACCACAGCAUGUGCCAUCGACUGGACGAUGUGAUGAAACUCUGUUGCGAGCUCUCGGCCCAUCAGCAAAUCCAGACGACAGUGAAGGGGUCGGGCAAGGGUGCAGCAGCCGCCGGGGGUCUCGCCUUCGCUGGAGGCCUGGUCGGGGGGCCUCUCGGGAUUGCAGUGGGUGGCGCUGUCGGGGGCCUCCUUGGCUGCUGGUUGACGAGUGGACAGUUCAAACCCUUACCGCAGGUCAUCAUGGAACUCACUCCACAACAACAACAGAAGCUUUAUAACGAUCUUGUUGCUGUCCUCGGGGAUGUUCAGUGGACUGAUAUCGCCCAGCUGACGGCGCUGGUCAUGAGCAACAGCAGCUUGAAGCAGCAGCUGACCGCAGCCCUUCUUGGCUACGUGACCAAGGAGCUUCAAGCCGAGGUGCAGUAUGUGGACUAAUGUGGGACAUGUCCACGCAACUGACAUGGACGGGAGAACAGCACAGGUGUCCUGUAACACCGUUUUUAGAGUUUGAAUGCGGCAGCUUUUUGAAAAAAAUCUGUGCCAUGAUAGUAGUAUAAUUUGAUGUUGCCUUAACAGAGUGAAUUUUUUUUUUUUAAAUAAGGCAUAGGAAGUGAAAUGGGCAAGCCGAAUUCAAAGGCACCCGAUCUUUGACAAUGUCCUCUAGUUAAUCAAUAUGUCAUUUUCUUCCAUAACUCAACAGUGAUGACUAUUUGUUUGAAAUAGAUUGUUACUUAAAGUCACAUAGAGUAUGUGUUGCAACCAGUGGUUCUUUACAACACGAUACAUUUGUCACCACUCUAUUAAGCAUCAUCUAUGUAUGAUUUUGAAAAUGAAGUGAUGAAUUUGAAAAUGCAGUUUUUGAAUUUUGUGAUAGGAAAUUAAUUUAAUUUAUUAAACUGUGUUCAAAAUAGCAUUUUUAUUUAUUUUUAAUUAAUGCAUGAAGAAAUGAUCUAAUUCACCCAUAGAUCAUUGUGUGAUCAGUAGAGAAUCAAUUAGUAGAAACUAGACAAUGUAUAGUCCGUUAUUAAUCUUUGAAAAGCAUCCUUUGUGAUGACUGAGUGACCUGCAACAUUUGUCUGCAAUCACAUUAUUGAUCAUUGACUCAUCACAUUGUGUCAAAAUAAACUUUGGA